UCCCUUUCCCCCCUCCCCCCUCUGAUCGCGCCCCCAACAUGACCAAGAGCCCUGGCCUUCGGAAGCGCAUGGCCCUCAAGACCACCUCCACCCGGAUGAGUGAUCUGCCGGUGGAGAAGCUCCUCGAGCGCACGCAGAUCUACCUCGACCGCUUUGACUUCUCCUCGGCCCUGCGCUACGUUUCGGCCGCCAUCUCCAAGGAGCCGGAUAACAUCCAUGCGCUGGAGCUCCAGGCGGCCGCGCUGCUGGAGCUGGGCGAGGUGGACCAGGCCUUCCAGGUCCUCAAGAAGUGUGUCGACAUCUCGCCGACCACCGGGCACGACAAGUUCCUCACCCUGGGCCAGCUGCACGCCGGCCACGAGGCCCUUGGCUUCUUCCGCCGCGGUGUGGAGGUCCUCCAGAGCGACCUUCAGAUUGCCCCGGCCGAGUACCAUCCCGGCCUCAUCAGGCAGCUUUCGUCGGCCUUCUGCACCAUGGCCGAGAUCUACCUGACGGACUGCUGCGAUGAUGACGACGCCGAGCAGCAGUGUGUGACCCUCGUGGAGCAGGCCAUCCAGGCGGACCCCACCAACCCGGAGGCCUUCCUGAUGCAGUGCAGCCUGCGCAUUUCCCAGGAGGACCCCUCGGGCGCCGGGGCCGCUCUGGACCAGUGCCUGUCGCUGUGGUAUGUGCCGACCAUCAACCAGGAGGCCAACAAUGCCUCGGACGAGGGGGCCGACGAUCCCGACGGCGGCGCCCUGGAGGUGGACUCGGCGCACCAUGCCGACCUGCCGGCCUUCGAGCUCCGCAUGCAGGCGGUCAAGCUGCUGCUGGAGCUCGGUCGCCAUGAGGUGGGCCUGGACAUCGCCGAGCAGCUGAUCAGCGAGGAUGACGAGGUCAUCGGUGUCUGGUACCUGGCCGGCUGGGCGGCCUACCUGCUUGGGGACCUGCCCCAUGCGCUGGAGUUCCUGACCCAGGCCCUGACGCUCUACAAGACCCUGGGCUCCGAUGAGGAGGAGCUGCUGGAGCACGCCACCGAGCUUGUGGCCGAGCUCCAGAGCAAGGGUGUCACCGUGGCCGACGCUGGCGCCGAGGACGGCGACUCCGACAACGAGAUGGAGGAGUAAGCGCCACGCGUCGGCACACGCGCACAACUGCCUGGUGUGCCCCCCGCCCUCCGUCUGUCGCUCUCUCCUCCCCCGGGGCGCCCUCCCCCCAUCUGCUCGCCGGCCGGGAGGUCAAUUUGUCUCGUGGCCAGCCCCGGUGGGGGCACCCUCCCCCCCCCCGGGCCGACAGAGAUCGUGCCUCGAUGCUCGCGCUGCCAUGACGCCGCCCGCCCACCUGCCCACUUGCGGCGCCCCCCCCCCCUCCACAACACUGUCCUUGAUCUCCCCGCUCCACCUCCUCGCCUCGCCUUUUUCUCCUGGCGCGACUGGGUCGGCUGCGAUCGCGGCGCCGCCGCAGCCACAAACACACACACACACACACAGACA